CCUCGUUCCCCUCAGUUGAAAAUAAAAAUUCAAAGAGUAAAUUUGCUUACAGCAAAGCGAACUGUGAAAACCAAAAAGUCUUUAACAACUUUUUUGCGUUGAAUUUAAUAAAAAGUGUUGAAUUUUAAUAUUUUUGCUUGAGUUUUUGAGAAAAAAAAAGAAAAAUCAAAUCAAAGAAAAAAUGGCAAUUGUUCCACUACUAGCAAACCUGGCACGUGAACUCGACACCGAGUAUAGAGAUUUGGAACACUCUUGGGAUGAUGAUUUCGGCUUCGGUAUACAUCCAAUGGAGAUUUUCCGUCCGGUGCGUCAUGGCCAUUCGUUGAUGCUACAUCCGCGACGUCGCCAUUAUCCAUACGAUCGUUCACAAGUGUUGGCACGUCGUGCCGCACGUUUGGGCAAGGAGACGGGUGAUUGUACAUCGUUAAUACCCACAGUCGGCAAAGAUGGCUUCCAGGUGUGCAUGGAUGUGUCGCAGUUUAAGCCCAACGAGUUGACCGUUAAAACUGUAGACAAGACGGUGAUUGUGGAGGGUAAACAUGAGGAACGUGAAGAUGAUCAUGGCAUGAUACAACGCCAUUUCAUACGCAAAUACACACUGCCAAAAGAUUACGAUCCAAAAGAUGUGGUGUCUACAAUUUCAUCGGAUGGUGUACUCACUGUGAAGGCACCACCACCACCAAGCAAGGCUAUUAAAGCGAAUGAACGCAUCGUACAGAUACAACAGACCGGGCCGGCCCAUUUGAGCGUAAAAGCACCGGAGGAAGCCAGCAGCGAUGGCAAGGCGAAAGAGAAUUGCGAUAAGAAGUCUGCAAAAUGAGUGAAUGCCUAUGUACAGAAGAAGUUGCGUUGUAAAAGAACAACGUGAAAAA